AGAUGUUUAAAUUUUUACAAUCGAUACAUCGACGUACAUCGCGAUAUAUCGAAUAUCAAAGCAUAAAUGUAUUAUCGAGCUUGUGACGCUGUAUGAGAUCGCACGAGAGUGCUAUAUACACUCUGCUCUCUUGUCCUUUUCCAGCCACGUGGCUGUCGAUACGCUGUAGGGUAUAUAAAGUGUUCGUCGCCGGUGCGGUCUGACCAUUCCAGUCGGCGUUUCCAGGUCGUGUCGUCAUUAACAUCACCAUAUUUCGACCCCGGAGGUGCUGAAUCUAUCGUCCGCCAAGCCAGUUUUAUCAUCGGCAGAUAAAAUGACCUCGACGGGGAAAGGUUUCGCAACAACAGCAAUCCAUACUGCGCAAGAACCUGAGCAAUGGAGCCAUCGUGCGGUUGUACCACCUUUGGUGAUGUCCACCACUUUCAAGCAAGAUGGUCCAGCACAGCAUCUCGGGUAUGAGUACGGCAGGAGCGGUAAUCCUUCGCGCAACGUAUUGGAAAAAUGCCUGGCUGCUCUAGAAAACGGCAAGCAUGGCCUAUGUUUCGCGAGUGGAUUAGGUGCUACAACUGCCAUUACAGCAUUGUUAAAGACGGGAGAUCAUCUUCUUCUCGGAGAUGAUCUCUAUGGUGGAACUAAUCGUUACGUCCAGAAAUGUUUGAGCCAACAGGGCAUAAAGUAUACCUUCACCGACAUGACUGAAACACAAAACGUUAUAGACAACAUACAGCCCGAUACAAAGAUGAUUUGGCUGGAAACGCCGACAAAUCCGCUGAUGAAGCUCAUAGAUAUCAAAGCCGUCGCCAACAGCUUAACCACAAAAUCUCGUCCGGACAUUAUAUUAGUAGUCGACAAUACUUUUCUCACUUGCUACUAUCAAAAGCCUCUUGAUCUUGGUGCAGACAUUACCAUGUACAGCCUCACGAAAUACAUGAACGGCCAUUCUGAUGUAAUCAUGGGCGCUGCGAUCUGCAACCGGGACGAUCUCGCAGAGAGGCUGCGGUUCAUUCAAAAUGCCAUGGGUAUUGUGCCUUCUCCAUUUGACUGCACCCUGGUCAAUCGUAGCUUAAAAACUCUCGAACUCAGGAUGCAGAAACACAUGAAGAACUGUUUGGCCGUCGCAAAGUUUCUCGAGUCUCAUCCACGCGUCGAGCGAGUGUUCCAUCCAUAUCUACCGUCGCAUAAACAGCAUCAGCUAGCGCUGAAGCAAACAUCAGGGCACAGCGGCAUGGUCUCUUUCUACCUGAAAGGUGAUACAAAGCGCUUUUUGAAAGCACUCGAAGUGUUUACGUUGGCGGAAUCUCUCGGCGGUUACGAGUCGCUGGCUGAGUUGCCAAGCGUCAUGACGCACGCGUCCGUGCCGGAAGAUGAGCGAGCAAAAUUGGGUAUAACCGAUCAGUUAGUUCGGCUCUCAGUUGGCCUUGAAACAGAACAAGAUCUCAUAGCCGAUAUCAAACAAGCAUUGGAAGCUUGUCAAUGAAUUAAUCGGCGUAAUUAAACCGCCAUUAAAGUAACGCAGCAGCAUGUAUUCGAAUUUCUACUAAUUGUAUUAUAUAAUAAAUAAUACCAGAUUUCUACACU